GCAGGAGGAAAUCUGUGCCGGCUGACUCCUCAGGUAGCCGACGGUGCUGUGGCAGGAGAAAGCAGCCAUGAGGACUGCCCUGGUCUUUGUGUGCCUGGUGGGGAUGGCGUGCGCCUUCUCGGUCAAGAGCUGGCUGCGGCGAGCCAAGGCAGACGAUUCAGAAGAAAAUGCGGUGUUCAAGAACAGGCACCGAUAUUACCUGUACAGAUACGCCUACCUGCAUCCCCCGCAGCGACGGUACCAGGGCAGUGAGUCUUCGGAGGAAGAGGGGGACGGCUCGGAGGAGGAAGGCGGGGGCAAGGGCUGCCAAGGGCCUCUGAAGGGGGGCAGGAACGGCGCUGCUGGCAAGGGGGGUGACUCCGAAAAUGAAGAGAGCAAUGAGGAGGAGGAGGAGGAGGAGGAGGAAGAGAUAGCUGAGAAUGAGAACGGUGUCAACGGCACAAGCACCAAUACCACCGAGGGGGCAGACGGACCUCAUGGCAAUGGCACCGUGGUGGCAGAGGAGGAGGAAGAGGAGGAGGAAGAAGAAGAAGAAGAAGAAGAGGAAGAAGAAGAAGAAGAAGAGGAGGAGGAAACCGAAGCCACCACCAUCGCCAGCACCACUGGUGAAGAGGGACUGUCCCAGGCAACCACCACGGGAGAUGGUGGACCCACGGAUGCCACCACAGCCGGGGAGCAAUGGGAGUACGAGGUGACGGCCGGGGGCCACGGCCGGGGGGACGAGGGCACCACCGACGGCAGCUACGGGGAGCAGGAUGAGUACACCCGUGGGGACAGCUACCGGGCUUAUGAGGACGAGUACGGCUACUACAAGGGGCAUGGCUACGACGUGUACGGCCAGGAUUACUACUACAGCCAGUGAGGUGGGGGGGGGGCAGCCCCGGUGCUGCCCCCGCCUGCCCCAUCCCACUCAGGAACGUGCAUCCGAGGGAUCACUGCAGCCACUGCACACCAGAGGGGAUGCCGGGUGGCUUGUGGUGCAUGCCAGCUCUGUC